AUGCCCCCCCCUGGCGAAAAGAUGGCGAGCGAAAAGGAAAACACCGAGCUGGUGUCUGAAAAUGGCAUUGAGGGCAGCGACGAGAUCAUCGAGGAGCGCGUCUUCUCCGCGGCUUUGAUUUGUCUCGAAGGCCAUUUUACACAGUCGCCACCCAUGGGCCCCAAGACAGCCGCCAGGGUCACUUCUAUGGUCUCAAAGACCUUGGAAAAGACGCAUACACUCAGAAGAGUCAGAGAGACGCUAUCCCGCAACGUUGAGAUCUGGAUCUGGCUCACAAGGAUCCUCGCCGCCUCCAUCCCGACUCUCACGGCGCGUUCAGUCGGCCCUCUGUCUAGCCUAAAUGAUCCUGAAAAGGGUGUCAGUCCGCAUGAGAGCACAGCCUUGAUCGUCAUGAAUUACGACAGCAUCAAGAAUGAUCUUUCGAUCCUUACCAAACUCAUGCACAUUGCGAGAAAUCUGCUGGUCAAUGCAGAGCCCCAAGUCCCUCAAGAUAUAUGCGCUGCCGUGCAUUUUGACCAAAUGGUUUAUCAGACCAUCAUUCUUUGUGUCAAUGUUACGAGUAAAGGCUAUGACGGAGAGAUUCUGGAUGAAGCGGACCGACUGAGGCUGGCCGAGAUUACCGAACUAUAUAAGAAAUUACUUGUCACUUCGCUACAGCAAGCUCACAACUGGACCGCAAAACACGAUCGCAACAAAAUGUCGUUUUGGUUCGACGUUCUCUUUGAUGACGAUGGUGCCCUAAAUGGUCACGAUGAAACGGUUGCCGACUGCUCCGGCUUUCGACCUGAAGUGGCAAAGCAACAGGUGCAGCAUUGGCUGGACCGCAACUCCAAAAUGUGCGAUACGGCGCGCCAGCUACUGCGCCAUUACGCCGAGCAUCACGCCAGCAAGCCUCCCGGCAAUUUGGCCCCCAUCCGGCCUCUUGCUUGGAACUGGCUUCCCGAGGGCUCGGUGGAUGUCCCUCUCGAUGAGGCCAAUGACGACAAGACGAAUCCUGUGUGGAAAUUUGAUGAAACCGACAAGUUUGAGCAGGACCGCGCUUAUGGAAGAGUGUCGAGAGAGAUUGAUACUUGGUGGCUGAAAUCACGAGACCCAAACUAUGAAGAAUGGAUCGUCGGCAUGCCUUCUGUCGAAUCAGCGCAGUCGAGAACGGAGCACUGCAAGACAAACUUGAUUCACAGAUACUCUCAUUCCUACCGGGAUGACAACUCUCUGGUGCCAGAUGGCGUGGAAGAUGACAUCUCAGAGCAUGAUCACUGCCCGAAUUACGACGACGAAUCUUAUGGAGAUGGCCCGUUGACCGGCUUGCUCACCGAGGUUCCCAACAUUUUGGACCCAAAGCAGAUCGAAGCGCUCCACAUGAUUGUCAAGUCGUGCAUCUUUGACAGCUCCGGAUCAGGCACGACACGCUCUGGUGAGAACUUGCAGAGGACUCGCUGCAGAAUGUUUCUGGCACUGGAUUGUGGCAAAAGUCUGCUACGCGAGCUCUUGGUCUUUAUCGCUGUCUGGGAUAAGGAAGAGGAGAGCUUGAUUUACCAAGUGACCAUGCAGAUUGUCGACGCCAUCCAUCGCAACGCCCUUAUUCCUUAUGCAUGGAACUCGCUCCGCAUCUCAAAGGACAUAAUAUCUCCCGCGCAAACGGUGCUGCUGCGUCUCGUGACGGAUAUGCUGGGCGGCCGCACCGUCGCCGGCGGUUCAGCGGCUAGAGACGGACCUGCCGGAGAAGGCAGAGAUGGCUUGCGCGAUCUGAAGCUGGUGCACUUCUUCUUCAGCUCGUUUCGCAGCCGCAUCGUGCCCGAGUGCGCGGCGCUCAUGCAUCUCCAGGCGCAGAUCCGCGAGGAAAAGUCUGACGCUUCCGAAUUCCCAGUGGACACGUGGGACAUGGAGCGUGCCAAGGACGGCCUCGCCCAGUACCUGGACUUUUUAAAGACGGUCGCCGAGAUGCCCGACAUGCGCCUCAGGCUCAUCGAGUGGGAGGCUGUGUACGACCUCGUCACCGUCCUCAGCGGCGUCGAAGCCGCCGUGCCCAAGAAGCCGCUCGUCCACGUGCCCAGACGAAACGGUGGCGCCGGCGACCCUAUGGUAGAACGACCGUACGCUAUGGCCGCCGAGGCAGUAUCUGCCGCCGCCGGCGACGUCCCUUCGCCGACUCUCGAGCCGGCGCACAAGUUCCCCUGGGCCGGCAUCAAGAGCCAAAUAUUCAUCAUCCUCGCCACGCUGCUGCAGCCGCCGCCGGACCGGCACAGCCCCGGCAACCCCGCGGUGCAGAUGCAGAUGGUGCGGUACGACGGCAUUGGCCCGCUGCUGAGCAGCACCGCCUACGACGACCACAACCCCUACGCCAAGGAGCGCGUCACCAUCUGCCUCAAGUGGCUGCUCGACGGCUGCGAGGAGGCCAACGACUUCAUCCGGCAGCUGAACCGGUCCGGCCCAGAGCCGAACCUGAAGCCGCCGGCCGGUGGCACUGCGACGCAGACAUUGAGAGUCGACGGCGUGGAGGGCGACGUCCGGGUCAAGGUGCGGUCGAACCGACCGCGCGUGGUGGAGGAGACGGAGGACGUCCUGGGGGGUGGGCAGGCGGCGACUGUGGAGGACAGCAGUACUGAGGCGCCGCGGAACGGGGCCAGCAUUGAAGAUGAUUUCAUGGCGUAG